AUGCCUGCCUUGAGGCUACUUGGUCGGGCAUGGCUUGUCGGGAGCGACGAUCUCGUUCUCCCAGCAGCCAUUGGUUCCUUCCUCCGCGCCUGUUUGCUCGGCACCCUGAUAGCUUUCCACUACACCCUGUCAGGGGACAUCUCGUGCUCCUCAGACUGGUGCCCUGCCGUCUUUGUGGAGCGAUGCAUCGAUCUCUACGUGUACGGCAUCAUCCUCCUCAUGGGCGCGACAUGCUUCCUCGAGGCUCUCAUCGCUAUCUCCUCCUCCAAGGGCAGGAUCAUGGAAGAGCGAUCGAGAAGGCCCGUCAGCACUCUCGUGCUCGUGCAUGUCCUCGUCUCGCUCCUCGAAGCUGCCUGGACGGCAUGGGCCGCGAUCGUCUUCCUGUCCCCAAGUUUGGAGUGCAAGGGCGACUCGCCGGAGCAUGAGCGUGAGGGAGAAGCAUUCUUGCGCAUGAUAGUCUGGAUAUCGAUAGCCACCAUAGGAUGGAUGUGUGCUGGCGUCUUGUUCGCCUUCGAUCUUUCUGGCCAUGUCGAUGUGGCUGACAUCGACAAGCUGCACAGGCACUGGGAGAGGAGGUGCAACUUUCUCUGUUGCCUGAUGCCGAGGGAAGACGAUCGUGAGAUCGCCCUCCGGUCUCUCGUCAAGUCGCUCUCGUCCUGGUUCGCUGGAUUGGACUUGGUGCCUUCCGACAUCUUCGCCGCGCUGCUGCUUCUCAACUUGUGGUCAACAGUGAGCGAUACUUCAUGUCUCGACGACAUCUACGGUCAGUUCGAGAGGACAGAGAGCAGCGCGCACAAGGAUGAGAACAACAAACACGUAGGCCCAGCGACCCUGCUCGAUCACCAUGAAGACGUUGACAACCGUUCGAAGAUCGAGGAGGGUGUAAGUGAGGAUAGUUUUUCAUCGCAGGCAGGAGCAGAAACUGAGGGGAUCACUGGAGGAGAUUCGGUCGAUGGAGAAGUGGAGGAGCAUCACUCAGCGAAUGCCGGAGAUAUAAGUCUGCAUUCCUUCGACUCCCCCGGUUUCCUUUCCGCUCUCAUGACUGCGACUGUCAGCAGCAUCGCGCUCGGGUCAAACUCGUCGGCAGGCGACUCGCAAAGUCAAGGAUCCAACGAGCCAUCGGCGACAGUCUCUGCCCCUGACAUGUCGAGGUCCCCAGCAGAGCUUCCUGAAGCGAUUCAGCCAUCAUCACGAGAGCCGCCAAGCAGGCAGAGCGAGGAUGUGGAUGCUGGUAGGCAUGAGACAGCGAUAGAGAUCUUGAGGAGAGCGGAGCUGUACAUCCCGUAUGCGAUCGCAUGUUAUGGAAUGAUGCUUCAAGUAUGGCGAUGCUGCUCAAACUGCUGCGAUGGGUUCUGCUGGAUCCUUCAGAACAUUCUGUGCUGCACGUGCUUGUCGAGGUCAUCUGGGGAUGGAUGGGUGGACAAGAAAGCUCUGGAGCGGGAGGCACAGGAAAGAGACUACCACAUCAUUCUUGAGGCGCCGGCCGAUGCCUUCAGUCCUGCCUUCUUCCUUGUGGCAGACUUGACGCUCAAGUCGGUGGUCCUUGCGAUCAGAGGAACCUUUUCCAUCUCCGACACGCUGACCGAUGGCACAGCACACUGCUGCCUCCUGCCUGCCCGAGUCAGAGAGUUUGUGCAAGGAGUUCUCAGGUUGGGGGCCGAGCAUCGAGGUGGGGAAGAGCUGGCUGAUGAGCAGGUUGAGUUCGAGUCGAACGGGCCCUACGGCCAUGCUGGGAUGGUGCAGGCGGCGGAGAGGCUCAGGAACCUCCUGCAUGACUCCAACUUCCUCCCCCUCCUCCUCUCCGAAGACCACGUUUCACAUGAACUCGUCAAGAGCGGGAUCGAGAUCCCCUCCUGCCGCGGUUUCCGGCUGGUUGUUGUUGGGCACUCGCUUGGAGCAGGGGUUGCGAGCAUCCUGUCUCUGAUGCUCCGGUCCGAGGAGCUCCCAGUGUAUCAAGACAUGGAGUGCUUCGCUCUCUCCUGCCCUCCUGUGCUCUCCCGGUCCGCCGCAGAGAGCUGCGAGCCCUUCAUCACGACGGUAGCUCCUCCUUUCGCCCCUUCGCUCGCCCUGAGCGCCACGAAGAUCGCAGUUGGCGAGGACAUGAUCUCUCGAAUGUCUCUGCGGAGCCUGCAGCUGUUACGCACCAGGGCGCUGGAGCUGCUGAUCCUCUGCAGACGACCCAAGUGGCAGGUUACCGACCUGAAGGACCUCUGUGCAAGCUUGCCUGACAGCCAACCAAGGGAGGGUCAUGAUGCCCUCAAGAGCAAGCACGAGAUCUUCGCAUGCGGGCCGAUACAGCCCGCGCUCAGGCUCCCAGGCCGCGCGUUCCUCUUCGAGACGGACAAGAGCCACUCGAUGCCGAUGCUGAGAAGGAUGCAUCAUACGGAGAUGGAGGCAGAGACAUCUUGGACUUGCGGGCACCAGGACUGA